AUGGCAGCCUGUGCCGAGGAAGGGGCGGAGGGAGAGCAGACUGAGGGGCCUUCACUGAACAUGACGGACCUGCCGCCCGUCACCCAGACCAGGUUCACCGCCGUGAGAGACCCGACGCUGGUGCUGGAGGAGGAGGAACCCUAUUUCGACAUGUCAAUGUCCCCGACGCAGACGGCGUACCUGGGGAAGACGGCGACGCUCACCUGCGUGGUGCACGCGGCCAAGAACGACAAGUCGUUUGUAAAUCGCGUCCGGGCUCCAGCAUCUGCGUGGCUAAUCCUUCUUACUCCAAGCCGCCCUCCUCCACAGGUGUCGUGGAUCCGCGGACGCGACCUGCGGAUCCUGACGGUGGGCGGCUACACGUACACGACGGACCUGCGCUUCGAGGCCUUCCACCAGCCGCACAGCACGGAGUGGACGCUCAGGAUCAAGUCGGUGCAGCUGCGCGACCAGGGCGGCUACGAGUGCCAGAUCGCCACCAAGCCCAUUAGGACGUAUCACGUGUUCCUCAAGGUGGAAGGUCGGUGUCAUUACCCAUGCGAUCAUAGACAAAAUAUCAAAUUAAAUUGCCAGUGCAAGUUCCCUUCCCUUCCAGAGCCGUCGGUGGAAGUGGUCGGCGCCCCAGACAUCUACGUCAACAGGGCGAGCAUGAUCAACCUCACGUGCGUAGUCUACCAUGCGCCGUACCCGCCCGAGGACAUCAUCUGGUACCAUGGCAACCAGACCAUCAGCUACACGUCCCCGCGGGGCGGCGUGAGCGUGGUGGAGGAGCGCGGCGAAACCACGACCAGCAUCCUCCUCCUGCAGAAGGCGAGGGCGACCGACUCCGGCACCUUCAUUUGCCAGCCGGAGAACAUGGACGCCGCUCAAGUCACUCUCCAUGUCUUGGACGGUGAGCAUCCUGCCGCCAUGCAGACCAACUCCAGCUGCCAGAGCACGCCCGCGCUGUCCGCCCUGGUCAUGGUUGCCGUUAUGACAACUCUUGCUGCGCUUUGA